AUGGGGGAGAGGGAGCCGCUGUACAUAUGCAGGCCCUUGGACCUCGCCUUAUGCCAGGCCUUAUCUCAGCCACACUGUCGCUCCGUGCGAUUGACUCCCGAUUGGCCGCGGUUACCACCGCGCGCCUCGCAUCCUUUGCCGGGGAGGAACGGUAUAUGCAUUUUCCCGGUCGUGGUCCAUCAUCACACAUUAUUCGCUCUCUCUCUCUCUCUCUGUAACUCUGAAACCCCCGGCAACAUUCCGCUGCACCAUUCUCAAUCGCCUUGUUUGAGGGGCCCGCUAACUGAGCUUAUCCCUCCACCUUACCAUCCUCCCGGGUGGAUGCUCGUGCUCAGCGAGGCGCGCCCGAGGCCGAAAUCGGAAUCCCAUGGAACUAUCUUGGCAUCUAUUUUCGAACUCGGCCGUUUCUUCAAUUUCGAGUUUGGUCAUGUCGAACACGGAGAAUCCCCCGUCAACCGUCACAGCUAA